CAAUUGAUACAAAUCUCAUGUUUAUAAGGUCGUGAGCACAAGGCCCUCUUCUUUAUUUUGUAAUCAUGCUUGUCUCAACAUCAUGCUCAGUGAUCACACUAUCCAUCCUGAGCAUUAUCUCAAUAACAUGGUCUUACACCUUUUUGGAAUUCAUCCACACCUUUACAAGCAGACACACCCCUCAGACUGUACACAAUUACUCAUUCCAGGGUAAUGAUAUCCCGGAAAUGCUGCAACUGGAUUUUGGAGCCUUCAUCCAAUUGGAUGCUGAGGAGACAGUUCAUUUUGCUUUGAAUUAUCCUAGUGCUUCAGAGAAUGAAUGGUUGAAAUCAGAGCCAUAUGGAAGAGGGGUGAUCCGUCUUGGGCCAGAUAAACGUGCUUUCCUUGUUUCAAUAUUCCACCAACUCCAUUGCUUGCAUUACCUGGAAUCAGAAAUUCGGAAUGGCAACAAGACGCACUGGCCACAUUUACAACAUUGUCUUAAUAUCUUAAGACAAUGGACAUUGUGCCAGGCAGAUAUAACACUGGAACAAGGCAGUUUUAUGAGCAAGAACUUCACUGCUGAUCGUUGGGGUGACCAAUAUAUUUGUCGAGACUGGAACAUACUCUAUGAUGAGAUGAAGAAGAACUGGAUAGAAUUCUACAGAUAUCGGGUAGAAAAGGGGAUAAUCAAGGUGAUGGAUGAACCAGUCAUAGUCUGAAUGAUUAAAGCGAACAGGUUUCUUCUUUAUCAAGUAUCAUUACUGGUAUAAACUAUGAAUUCUGCUAUGAAUGUAUUUUUUGAUCAACCAUUACUCCGCCACUCAUAUCUGCAUGUCUCCCUC